AUGCAGCUCCAAUUCUUCAAUGCAGUCAUUUGCAUUCUUGCUUUGCUUCACUUCUCAAGGAACCAACAGUCUAGAUGUACAACCUUCACAAUGUAUAUAAAGUUUAUUGGGUCACUUCACGAUGAUCGAACAAAGCCUCUCUGGGAAUUCGAGAGUGAAUCUCUUGAAUCGGCGAAGUAUCUAUGUGUUCGUCGAUGUGAGAAAGACCAUCGAUGCGUCGGGAUCGAGAUUUGCUCGAUAGGACCAGACUUGUCACGGUGCAGGGGAUGUUGUGAGUGGUAUGUGAUAGACAAAGAUGGAGGUUUCCCCAGAAAUGCCAACGAUGGCUGCAAAUAUUUUGAACUGAGUAAAGAUAGUGUGGAAUCAAGAGGGAUCAGAUUGUCUACAAAUUCCAACUUGUUGACAGCUGUAGCUAGCUCUAUAUACGGUUUGAAUUCAGGAUGGCCACCAUCAAAUGCUCUUGAUGGAUUACACGGCAAUAAGUGCGAAACGGGUAAACCAUACAUCUCAAUCAAUGAACCAAACCCUUGGUUAGAAGUGAAAUGGUCGGGAACAAUAGCAAUUCAGAGAAUAAUAAUCUACAAUCGUUUUGAUUGUUGUGGUAAUCUAUUGGUGGAUUUAAACGUCACAUACAACAACAACGGGGUAACUGGCAUUUGCGGUUUUUACCCCGGUCUCUUGUCACGUAAUGGUGAUCGUAUUCUGUUUUUCUGCCCGCCAGAAGCUCAUGCUACUUCAGUAAAGCUCCAAAUCCAAUCAAAGCCGGAUCAAAGAAAUAUGCUGAAUUUGUGUGAAGUUGAAGUUUAUAAGAAAACGUAAAUCUAAUCCUUUUGUAAAUCGUUGUUAUUCAAUUUUUUGAUGAUGUUUCGUUAUUGUUCUUUGUAUUUCAAAGACAAUUUUAAGACAAUUUUAAGACAAUUUCAGAAAUUACAGAAAAUGAAAUGGUGUCAAUGAUAUUGUGUUUAUUUUCCCAUAUUCACUUCAGUUCAUCAGUUAUAGAUUAGUGUGCAAGGUAUUGUCUACUCUAGUAAUUUUCAUUGAAUUACUAUUUGCCAUUUUUAAUCCAGUAAUAUAUUGGUUUAUUAAAUUCGUUCUGUGGGAUAGAAAAAUUGAUUGCUCAGACACUGAGUAAUCUUUUAAAUAUGUUUAUUUUUUUAAAACAAUGUUGUUGCUUUAAAAAUUCUAAGAAUAAACACCUUAGUCUUUAACAAGUAAUGGAGGUCCAUAUCUUUCUGUCGUCAUUGUAUUAUUAUUAGACUGCACGUCUUAAUCCAUGGUUUUUUUUUUUGCUCUUUAGGGUUGUCAUUAAAUUUUGAAAUUUUACAGUCUUAGUAUAUAUAGCUUUGUAACGAUUGUAGAACAUUAGCCUCUAUCGUUACCGUUAAUUACAAUAUCAUGAUUUUAUUGUCCGUGAAUUUCUUAUGAAUUAUUGAUUUAUAUAUUUUCAACAAACUAAUAGAGAGUAUAAUGUUUUGCUACUUUGUAAUACUAUCUUACAAACUUUCACUAUUCAUUUGUAUAUGUACAAAAAGAUCUUCACCCCCCCCCCCCCCAACCCUCAUUUAUAUUAUAGAUGGGUCAAUUGCUGUUGAUAUAUUUAAGCAAAAGUUUUUAAAUAUAAUUUGCUUAGUGAUGCAGCAUGCGUGAAAGAAAAGAUAUAUUUUAGCUCUUUGAUAGAUAUAAUACAGUAAAUUUUAAAAUGGUACAUAAUGUAGGUUUGCUUGCAGCAUUAUCAAUACAAACACAUCGUGAAAUAUACAUAAAAACGUGAUGCAAAGCGCCAGACCAGCCGCUUUAUGUAGAAUGAAAAUUUUAAAAACAACAAACAGUAAAUUUUCACAUGAAAGGAGUAUAAGGAAAACAUCUGGAUUUGAGCAGAUUUGUUUCCUGAAAUGGUUAAGAUUCACGAAUUUUUAUUUUUUUUCUCACAAAGAAACAAAAUUACGAGAAACAAAAUUACGAGAUUAAAAGAGAUAAACCUAUGCAUUCUAAUAUAAAGAACAAAUAUUACGUUUUCCCUCUUUUCAUGCAACAUUUACGUGUUUACCUGAAAUUGAAAACGAAGCAGGUGAUAAACUGUGUCAAAGGUUAAUGAAGUAUGAAAACACACCUUUAAAUUGAAUGAUUUAAAAAAAAGUUGGGUUACAUUAUGUUAUUAUAUAUGCUUAAUUCAAACAGAACAUUAAACACAUUUUGGUAAUUUCUCUCACUCUCUCUCUCUCUCUCUCUCUCUCUCUCUCUCUCUUUUUCCCUCUCUCUCCCUUGCUAAAACCAAGCUAUUGCAAACAAAAGUAUGACUAUUUCAUGUUUUGCAAAUUUUGAUAGUAUUUAAAAGGGUGAAUCUACGACACCUGUGUAUGCACCAACUAAAGAAAGAACUUUGUUUAUUUUUUUUUUCAAAAUGUUCACCUAGGAGAAAAAUGUCAUUAGUUGUACAUUUGUAAACAUGCAGUGAAGUUUUUGUUUGUUUGUAACUUUUGUACAUCACCGGAAGUAAAGGAAUAAUGCACGUUAUUCUCCAUGUUUUUUUCAAAGCUCUUUCGAACAAUAGAAAUUCAUAGAAUUUUAAUUUUAAACUUCUAUCUAUAUAUAGAGCAUUUAUACAUAAAAUAGUUGUAAACUCGUCUACCCUGGUUAAAUUAUGUAAGGUGACAAGUUAUGACUUUUUCUGUUUUCAUAUAGACUUAAAAAACCUAUUCAUAUAUGGAGUUUGACAUGUUAUGUAGCAUAUAUUUGUUAGUCUGUCUAUAAAGAUAUCUUAUGAACUGUUGAAACACAACCGUUCUAUUCCAAACUUAAUCACAUUAUCCUGAGUACCUAUUAUGAACUAGCCUUAUUGAAUAUAUUACUUGAUAAAACAGAUCUUUUUUCUGUUUAACGUUGUAAAACUUUGCGCGAAGAAAAAUAGUGUACUUGGUAAAACGAGACUAAAUAUAAAUCUGUUGUUUAAAACAAAUUAAAGGAUUCAGAAGAAAACUAAUUUGUACCACUGGUUUUAAUUAAUUUAAAUUAAUUUAAAUUUUAAAAAAAAAGAAAAAAAAAUCAAAUCAUUAAUUUCUAUUUCCUCGAUAUUUU